UAAAAGGGGAUAUAAGUAUAGUUGUAAAGAACCAUCAUCAGCUGAUCAGUGUCCAGCAGUACACACGCAGCACCCUGUUCUCCGCACCGUAAAGGCUGCUGCUCUGCUGGCACACGGCGGGGCGGACUGGCCCUUUAAGAAGGAUAAAGACUACUCCGCACGAGCCGAGCGCAUCGAUGCCGCGCUUUGCAUUUUAUCGGUAAUUCACACUGGUGCUGCAGGGAUAAUUCAACACCACCGUGAUUUAUAAAGGCCAAUGCAUAUGACUUAAGUGUACUUCAACGUUUUAAGUGGCAGGAGGAGAAAUGUGACGCUGUGCCCAGCCGGUUUGCUCUCCGGUGCGUAAUUGAUUCGAGUGGAGAAUUUUGAGCUGCAGCACUAAUUUAGGCACAGUCCGGAUCCUCCACAGGGCCCUUGUUUGAGGGAGGGGAAGACUGCUGGUUUUGAACUUCCUACCUUUGUUGUUUUCAGGACAUCCUGAACACCAGCCAGGCAGUGCCCCCUCAUCUUACCCCAGAGAGCUUCGCUUAAAAGAUAAAAAUAAUAAUGGAAGACAAACGCAAAAAGCGGAGCCCAAAGGUGUCUCUUCCCCAGCCCCCUCCUCCCCCCAUCAACCCCCGCAAACUCACCGUCCUGCCAGCCAGCAAAAGUGCCACCUUCUCUCUCGGCCUGCCGCAGCCCCCCUCCCCCAAGAACAGAGGCAAGUUUAAGCGGUCCAUAGGAGCACCAGGACAGCCCAAAGAGGUGUUCACAGCCGUCGUAGCUCCACCAAAGACCACCAGGCCCCACAAAGAGAAGCCCAGGCCCCCCCAGCCUGCAGGACCCAGCAAAGUAGUCCAGUCUUCCCCCCUGCAGCACUCCUUUCUCACCGAUGUCUCAGACGUGAGAGAGAUGGAGGGAGGCCUCCUCAACCUCCUCAACGACUUCCACUCAGGCAAACUACAGGCUUUUGGUAAGGUGUGCUCCUUUGAGCAGCUGGAGCAUGUGCGUGAGAUGCAGGAGAAGCUGGCACGGCUGCACUUCAGCCUCGACAGCCACGUGGAGGAGCUUUCGGAGGACCAGAGGAAGUGCGCCUCUGACCACAACCUGGAGCACCUGCUCUGUAACCUGGAGGAGCUCAGCACCUCAAUACAAAAGCUCCACUUGGCUGAGAACCAGGACCUGCCCAAGACAUCUGGUCCCUGACAAAGUGAGGUGCGGAGGACGGCAACCACACACUCAUCUUCUCCCAACAUCUAACCAGUCCAGGUUGCCAUGGCAUUAAUCCAGCUGCCUUAGUAACAGAACGGAAAGAUCCACAGGAGGAGGGGCCAUUUUUCCAUUUGGUCAGCGAAGCCGAGGGAACAAUACAGUAAAGCAUGCAGAGCAUUAAAUGAACACUCAACCAAAAUCAUAAACCCCUCAUUCAUGGCACAAGAAAUGAUCAGAGGGUUUACUGAACAGUUGUGUUAGAGGAAAUAUGUUGUUUUAAAGUUUUCAGCAUGGUCUUGGCUCCAGUUAUUAGUUACAUCAUUUGGUAACAAAUAACUGAAUCCAGGUGUAGUCUUUGCUUCUCUAUUUGUGUUCACAAAAAAGCACAUUUCAUGACAGUUUAAGAACUAGAAUUUCAUAUUAUGGCUUGUCUUUUGCAUAAUUUCAGAAGGUAUUUGUCUCUGUUAGCAAAGGUAAGAAUUUGCCAUUCUUGAGUAGCAAAGAUAUUUGGCCCUUGUCGACAAUGCCACUGUGGUUAGCUCAGAACUUUUUAAAAGGGAGUUUUCACUUUUGCUAUUAUUCUGAAUACACUCCCUCAUUUUUAUAUCUUUGCUCUUAAAGUUUAAUACUGGAAAACAGACUGGAUUUAAUAAACGCAGGGUGAACAUUUGUUAUAACUGUGCAUUUUAAAGGGACUAUGUGAGGAGACCUAAUGUACAAAAUGUAUGUUUGAUUAACUUACAUAUGGUUUAUGGUUACAAUGGUUUAUUUGUUUUGCCAAUGUGCAGUCCUACUGUAUUUGUUGACACUGAUGGUUUAACAUAACUUGAGUUGGAGGAUUUUGUCAGUGCUUUAUCAGGAUUGCCUUUAGACUUUGUUUUUGUGAAGGCCCAGUAGCAGCAUCCCUCCAAGUGCAAGCUAGUCCAUCCUGCUACUGCAAUGCUGUAAAAUCACUUACUGUAACAUGUAGGUCACAGGGACUCCGUCCAGUCUGACAUUCACUUGUCUCUCAUUACACUUUGUUGGACAGCACAUCCACAGAGUAAUGCAGCUGGCAAAAUCUCUGUACAGUACAAUUUCAAAAUGGCAGCUACUUUCAUAGUUAAAAGUUUAGGCGGGGGAAAUUAUGAUUUGCAUUGUAUUUAAUUCCAAACUUGGUAGCGAUGUACCUUGGCCAUAAUAUUCAAUCCCUGAAAAGCCAAUUAAAAUCAUAUUAGUGAUCAAUCUGAAACAUCAAAGCAUGUCAAAACAUUGGUGCAUUCAAUGAAAUGUAAUAUAAGUCUUUUUUACUGCUUGCUAAGCCUACCUCUUUUCUAAGGCCUUGACCUGGAUCGCCUCUACAGUGACAUAAUACAUUUCUUAUUCUGGUUACUCUGUCAGAUCCUUCACAGUAGGGCCGCAACUAACAAUUAUUUUCAUUAUCGAUUAAUCUGCAGAUUAUUUUCUUGAUUCAUCAGAAAAUACUGAAAAAUAUACAUCCCAGUUUCCAAGGCGAUGUUUUCAAAUGUUUUGUUUUGUCCAACCAACAUUCCUAAACCCAAAGAUAUUCAGUUUACAAUUAUAUAAAACUGAGAAUUUGGGCAUUAUUUUCUUUAAAAAAAACUUUAAACAAGUAAUACAUUUUCAAAAUAGUUGCAGAUUAAUGUUGACUAAUCGUUGCAGCUCUACUUCACAGUCUGCUAUUUUCUGUUAUUUUACAUACAUAAGAGGGGCAAACCAUUAGCUUUACAGUCAAAACAGAAAACAAGAAUCCCAUGUGUAUUCAGUAAAUGCACCCAUUAAUAAAGGUAUUAGGUAACUUAAAAGGCAUAUAAUGUGUGUUUCUUGGAUUUCAUUUUGAAAAACAGUAAAAUGUAACUGACAAGUUUAGACAUGAAUAGCUGUGGUCAAUUCCCUUUUACCCCAUUUCCAGUCCCAUUAAAAUUUGAAUGAGGCACCUGGAAGUUAGCGUUACAGAAAUAAAACACUUUAUUUAUA